AUGUUUUGGAGAUUCGGCGGCUACGCCAACAUUUCCACCAUCGACACCAUCCUCGAGAAGCCCGAAUUCACCGUAGAAGAUCUUCUCGACGAGAGCGACCUGAUCCAGGAGCUCAAGCAGCACAACACAAAGCUCAUCGAGUACCUUCGCGAGGAUAACGUCCUCAAGACCCUGCUCGAAUACGUCGUCGCCCCGAAACUAGAGCCCGUCGCCACCCCCGAGACCGACGAACCCGCCGAGGAGACCAAGGGCAAGGGCCGCCUCCUCCCCUUCUCAAGACCCCGCGCUUCCUCGCGGGCUACCGAUACCGAAAAUGAAGAGGAGGAACAGGAGAAGAAGCGCAACCGCUAUGCCUACGUUGCCGCCGAGGUCCUGUCGUCCGACACCUGGUCCAUCUACGAGGCCAUGAUGGAGAACCAGCCCCUGGUCCGCGAGUUUUGGCACUUCCUGAAGCGACCUACUCCUUUGGACCCUCUGCAAGCCAGUUACUUUACGAAAGUCAACGAAGCCCUGUUCGACAAGAAGACGGAGGAAAUGGUCACUCUUCUCAAGUCCCUGCCCGACGCCGUCCCCGACCUUCUCCGCCACGUCGAGUGUCCCAUGAUCAUGGACUUACUCCUCAAAAUCAUUGCUCUUGACCGCACCGAGGGCGGCCAGGGCGUUGUCGAGUGGCUAUACUCCCAGGACGUCGUGCCGACCUUGCUCUCGUGCCUCGGCCCUGAACACAGUUGGGUCGUCCAGACGGCCGCCGGCGACUUCAUCAAGGCCAUCAUCACCAUUUCCGCCAACGCCUCGCAGAACGAGCAGCAGUGCAUCGGCCCCAACGAGCUGACCCGCCAGCUCGUCUCGCAGCCCUGCAUCGAGCAGCUGAUCAAGUACAUGCUAGGAGGUGGGAACCCGCUAACCGUGGGUGUGGGCAUCAUUAUCGAAGUCAUCAGGAAGAACAACUCGGACUACGACCCCGACGUCGGCACCGAGGCCAACUCGGUCCCCUCGAGCCGCGACCCAAUCUACCUCGGCACCCUCCUGCGCCUGUUCGCCCAACACGUCCCCGACUUUGUCAACCUCAUCAUGAACACCCCGACCAAGAAGCAGCGGCUGGGCUCCACCUUUGGCGACAAGAUCGAGCCCCUCGGAUUCGACCGCUUUAAGACGUGCGAGUUGAUGGCCGAGCUGCUCCACUGCAGCAACAUGGGUCUGCUCAACGAGGUCGGCUCCGAAGAUUUGAUUGCAUCCAGGGAUGCCGAGCGCCAGCGCUUGAGAACGGAGGGUAAGCUUACCCCAAACCGCGGAGAAGAAGCGCCCUCGUCCACCGACGAUUUGACUAUGCGCAUCGGGCAUUCUUCCCCCGAGGAGGGACGCCGUUUAGAGGUAACCAAUAUCUCAGACGACGACGGAUUCGAAGAGGUUGAGCCAAGCCGCGAGAUGAAUGAGGACACGUCCCACGAGUUCGUCAAGGCCGAGGAAGAGAUCCCCGUCGCCGCCCCGCCCGUCUCGUCCUUCUUGGACAGAGACGAAGACGACUUUGUCGACGAGCCCCUCAGCUCCCCGAGGCUGAAUGUCGCCGACGACAAGAUCAAGGAGCAGCGCUUCGAUGACCCCGACCUGGUUGUCGCGCCCCUCUCACCGACCAAGCCCAAGACCCCCGCGAACGAAGAGGCUGUUGCUGCGGCAGAACCGGUUUCCACGGCUGACAAAGACAAGGAUUCGGAAUCUGCUGACGUUAAGAGUGAAGCGACGCCGGUUGAGAGCGAGACGGCUGUAACAGAAAUCGAGAAGGACGCCAAAAUCGACUCUGACGCUGACGCUGACAAAACCGCGGAGGAUGCCACCGUCACCAAGGUGGAGGAGCUCUCUCUGAACGACGACGACGACGACGACGGCAAAGACGAAAAGGUAGACAAAAGCACGAUUUCCGACGAUAACCAAAAGGGUGACGAGUCCGACUCGUCUGUCGUCUACACUCCCAGCGCCACCGAGUCGGAAGCCAAACCCGAUUCCGCCGAGACGGCCCCUGCCGUUCCCGAGCCUCCUCAGCACCCCGAAGACGUGCCAGCGCCUCUAUUCUCCAAGUCCGUGAUAGAUUCCGCCCCGAAAGCCGAAACGGGAGAGACGGGACUGGAGCCUGAAUCCGAGACUGCUCCAGCUCCGGAGGUCCCCAUGGCCCCUCCCGUCCCAGAUGCCCCAGAAGCGGCUCCGGCACCUGCGGGAGCGGACGAUGCUCUGGAGAAGGAAACCAGUGACCUGCCGCCUGCAGUUCCUCGGCGGCCCGACCCAAGCACUGUGAAACCGGUGGUGGGCGAUUACCUCAAGGUUCAGUUUGUGGAACACCGCGUUGUGCCCACGAUUCUGUCUUUCUUUUUUGCGUACCCGUGGAAUAACUUCCUCCACAAUGUGGUAUAUGACAUUGUUCAACAAGUAUUCAACGGGCCUAUGGACCGGGGCUACAACCCGACUUUGGCCGUGUCACUAUUCGAGGCCGCCGACAUCACGACGGCCAUUAUCAACGGCCAGCUCGCUAGCGACGAGUCGCAGGCCAAGAUGAAGACGCGUAUGGGCUACAUGGGUCAUCUGACUUUGAUUGCUGAAGAGGUGGUCAAGUUUACGGAACGACACCCUCCCGAGCUCCUUUCAGAGACAGUCCUUGAAAGGGUUAUGGACCCCCGAUGGAUCAGCUACGUCGAGGGGGCGCUGGCCGAGACCCGCGAGCGAGACAAUGCCAUUCUCGGCGGCGUCCGUCCUGAGGUGGCGCUGGGCAACCGCGCCGGCAUGUCUGGCAAUGGACUGGCGGCCGUCGGCCUCUCUGGCCUCGGGUCGUCCUUUUCCAACUCCCAAGGAAACACAGGCUCCAGUGCCCUCGCCGACGCCGGCCUCAACGGCAACACGGACAUUCAAGAGAGCGGCGGCAACGGCAUUGGCCCGUUUGCCAUCAGCUCAGGUACUCUCAUGUCCGGCUUUGGCAGUUCCAGCGACGAAGAGGACGAGGGUGAAGAGGAGAACGACGAAGAUGUGAACAACGAGUUCCGGGCCUACACCGACCCUCUGGGCAACUCGUCGUCGCCACUCGACCCGCCAUCGAUUCCGCCGCCUCCGCCACCGGCACCACCACCGCUGAACACGCCCCCGUCAAGGGCGCGACUUCAACUGGCAGCCCGGUUAGCGAUGCACCAAAAGAAGAACGCGGCCGCGGCCGCAUCUCGUGACGAGGGCGGCGAGGGUGAGGGUGGAAAGGGCGACAGGGAAGGGUCGGGCGAAGGCGAAACGUUGAAGAACCCUUUCGCAGACGACGAAGACGACGAAGAAAACUCGAGCGACGAGGACAACGGCGAUCAUGGCGGAACGGGUGCAGCAGCAGCAGCAGCGGUGACGGGCGCGUGGAGUCAAUCAGGACAAAGGUCGUGGUGGCGUGGUGCAGGACGGCAAGGCCGGAACCCACGAUUCGACGGACAGAACGACUCGGACGAUGAGGAAGAUGAGGAGGACGAUGACGACGAGGAAUUCGGCGACUUCGCCAUGCCCGAGGUGGAAGCCGCGCCGGGGACGGACCUCAACGACAAGAGCAUCCUGAAGCCCCUCGCCGUGCACCCGUCCCAGGGUGGAUCCGGCGGCAAGGCCUUUAGCGGACUGUGGCCGUUCGCGGGCAAGAAAGACGGCAGGGACGAAAAGACGCCGUCGGAUGCGGACAAGGGGUCAUCUGCGGACGAGACGGCGACGGGGGACGAUGAGAAGCCGAUCCAGGCGGCGAUUGAGGCUGCGCGGCGGACGAGCAUCGAGGAUCCGGACGACGACGACGACGAAGACGAAGUGGUGGUGCAGAAGCCGUCAAGCCUAUGA